GUAAUACCUACAUUACAUAACAUUAUUAUAUUAAAUAUAGCUGAAGAACUGAAAAAAAAAUGGAAAAAUAUACGUGACAAUUAUACUCGAGAAGUUAAUGAGACGAGACGUGAAGGUGCAAGUGGUUCUGAAGCGUCAAGAAAAAAUAGAAAAGUUUAUGCUUAUGCAGAAAUCUUAAAUUUUUUACAACCUGUUGUGAAAAAAAGAAAGACCACUGGGAAUAUGAGUUUAAUUGAUACCACAUCCGUUGAAUAUUCACCUACACAUACAACUGGUAUUGAAGAUGUUGGUGAUGGUUAACAUUCUGAAAUUGGUUUGAACUGUGCAGAUGCUAAUGUUACACAAUCGUCUUCAGCAAAAAAAAAUAAAAAGUCUAAGCCCACAUCAUUUCAAGAAUCUUUAUUGGAAGCUAUAAAAAACCCUCCUUUUUUAAAUGUACCACCUGAAACAGAGGAUCCUGAUAAGGCAUUUUUAAUGUCAUUUUUACCAGACAUAAAAAAGUUAAAUGAAGAAAAUAAAUUAGAACUUAAAUUUCAAUUCUUACAGUCCCUUAAAAAAAUUUCUGAGUCCAAUAAUAAACGAUACAACCAAAAUUUACCAAGCAACUUUUAUAGCGGUUUAAACGUUCAACAGAUACCACCACAACCCCAAACAUCUGUAGUCCAUCAACCAUAUUAUCCUUAUUCAUCAUUCUCUGAUUUAUCUACCAACACUUAUCUAUCAUCUGAUAAUGUAACUGUAACACCAGAACACCAUGCAGCUAAAAACCCAGCAUCGCUCUACCAUCAAUAUUCAUCAAAUUCAGAUGUAUCCACUACUAGUAAAAAAGUUUGA